GCUCUUUUGUAAGCUGAACUAAUGACUGCCGCAAGAAGAAGACACAGAGAACUGAGUAUCCUCCCAAAGGUGACGUUGGAAGCAAUGAACACCACAGUGAUGCAAGGUUUUAACAGAUCUGAGCGGUGCCCCAGAGACACUCGGAUAGUACAGCUGGUAUUCCCAGCCCUCUAUACAGUGGUUUUCUUCACUGGCAUCCUGCUGAACACUUUGGCUCUGUGGGUGUUCGUUCACAUCCCCAGCUCCUCCACCUUCAUCAUCUACCUCAAAAACACUUUGGUGGCCGACUUGAUAAUGACACUCACGCUUCCUUUCAAAAUCCUCUCUGACUCACACCUGGCACCCUGGCAGCUCAGAGCUUUUGUGUGUCGUCUCUCUUCGGUGAUAUUUUAUGAGACCAUGUAUGUGGGCAUCGUGCUGUUAGGUCUCAUAGCCUUUGACAGAUUCCUCAAGAUCAUCAGACCUUUGAGAAAUAUUUUCCUAAAAAAAACGGUUUUUGCAAAAACGGUCUCAGUCUUCAUCUGGUCCUUUUUUUUCUUCAUCUCCCUGCCAAAUAUGAUCUUGAGCAACAAGGAAGCAACACCAUCGUCUGUGAAAAAGUGUGCUUCCUUAAAGGGGCCUCUGGGGCUGAAAUGGCAUCAAAUAGUAAAUAACAUAUCCCAGUUUAUUUUCUGGACUGUUUUUGUCCUAAUGCUUGUGUUUUAUGUGGUUAUUGCAAAAAAAGUAUACGAUUCUUACAGAAAGUCCAAAAGUAAGGACAGAAAAAACAACAAAAAGCUGGAAGGCAAAGUAUUUGUUGUCGUGGCUGUCUUCUUUGUGUGUUUUGCUCCAUUUCAUUUUACCAGAGUUCCAUAUACUUAUAGUCAAACCAACAAUAAGACUGACUGUAGACUGCAAAAUCAACUAUUUAUUGCUAAAGAAACAACUCUCUUUUUGGCAGCAACUAACAUUUGUAUGGAUCCCUUAAUAUACAUAUUCUUAUGUAAAAAAUUCACAGAAAAGCUACCAUGUAUGCGAGGGAGAAAGACCAUAGCAUCAAGCCAAGAAAAUCAUAGCAGUCAGACAGACAAUAUAACCUUAGGUUGACAAUUGUACAUAAGGUUAACCUCUAUUUAUUGAUGAGACUUCAGUAGAUAAUGUAGAAAUCAAAUUUAAUGAAUAAGAAAAGAUUGGAAUAAAUGCUCUCUUACGUUAUCCUAGUGUACAGAAAACAUUACAUAAAUUUUAACUCCACAUACAUCUAUUCAUAAGCUGAAUGAACCAUUACUAAGAGAAUGCAACAGGACACAAAUGGCCACUAGAGGUCAUUAUUUC